GAAAACGCCACUACUUUUUUUGUGUACACAGAACGUAUGACGUUUCACGCAAAGGUGGUGCUGUCACUAUGGCUGCAAAGGACGCGCAAUGAAUUGUCAUCAUUAAGUACACUGUUUGCACCCUCCCUAUUUUCCCAAUUGAAUUGAUAAGAUUGAAAGAUGUACCACAAAGAGAAGAGCAUUCAGAUGAAAAGCAGUGCGUCUGCGCUAUACAACAACCUGAGCGUGCUGCGCAUAGCCCCGCGGAGCCUGACCUAUUUCACAGUGGUACACGCCAACAUGGUCAAUAUGGUCAGUGCUUCUUGGGACGGACUCAACUACUCCCACCGCCAGCUGCAGUCCAAAGAGGCCAACGUAGCUACCAGCUCCUCCCUCAUCAUGCAGGCAGCCUGGUGUGUCCUCCCAUCUCGUGACAUCCUGGUGCUCACCUCUCAGAAAGGCAUCCAGAUGUAUGAGUCGGAUGGCUCCAUAAUGGUAUACUGGCAUGCACUGGACACGCCUGAGACCCAAACAGCUCAGGCAGUGUUUGCUCGAGGGAUUGCAGCAGUGCGGGAAAAAUACAUCUGUGUGGGCAUCUCGUCUGGCUCUAUGCUGGUGUUUGACGUCCCCAUUAAAGGCAGUAACAUCACCCUCUCGGAGGUGCUGGAGGAGCACAAGGAGUCCAUCACGGAUUUGGCCUCAGAAUGUUCCGGUAGCCUGGAGUGCAUAGCAGACAUGGUGAGUGCUGACGACUCUGGCAAUCUCUGUGUGUGGAAGUCAGGAGAGGACUUCCAGCUGCUCAACAAGAUCCCUGGUUUCGAUAUGAGCUGCUCCUCAGUGAAGCUGUGGAAGGGAACCGUGGUGGCAGGCUAUGGCACAGGGCAGAUCCGUCUCUACGAGGCCGUGACAGGGAUCGUCCACGCAGAGGUCAACGCCCACGCACGCUGGAUCUACUCCUUGGACAUCGCUCCCUUCUCUGGCCUGCUUCUGUCUGCUGCUGAGGACUCUCUGGUUAGAGUGUGGCAUCUGACCAUGACCCCAGAGACUAACAGUGUGGAGAUCGUGCACAUGUAUAACGAGUGUGUGACAGACACCCAGAUCUGCGGGGCUAAGUUCUGCGAUGGGGACGGCUACGCCUUCGCUGUGACGGGCUAUGACCUGAGUGAGAUCAUCCGCUACACACAGGUCUAACUGCAGUAGCACGCACCAUGGGAGAUGUGUGAGAGUGUGUGUGUGAGGUUGACAUGUGAACGGAGUGUGUCAGCUCAGCAGUAUCCCUGUUGGGGAGUGUGCGACAAAAGAGAAGUCUACAGCAGGAAACGUCUGCCUGAUAGACCAUGCAGCAUCUAAUUCCACCAGAUCAAUGGUCUACAGAGAGACGGAAAGCCUAUGAAGGUUAACUCCGAAGCAAACUAGGCUGUGACCCAUCUCCAUCUACUAUGACCUAUCUAGAGGACAUGAUACAGUAUGUAUGUCUACAGCGUCUCUCCCAUGGAUAUUGACUUUGGUCCAAAGGUCAGAUAGAAGAAUGUUGUCUCUAUCAAGUAGUUUCCUACAUAUCAUGACUGCACUUUGUAGUCAACAAUGAGCGAAAGAAAAAGUGAGGCAUCUUACGAUUAUAUGAGGAGAAAGAUGAUUUGUAGUGCAAUGUGACCUUGUAUAUUUUGACUGAUCACAUACUGGCUUAUGCUGACACAUUUCCUCUGUGUUGAGUAUUGGUGUGUGUGUGCGCGUGCGUGCGAGUAAUGGUCCAGUAACGGACCAUGAAACUACAGAUGAGUGUGUAUAAAUCUGUUUUCCAGAUUUAAAAUAAAGGGAGUAGGCUAUACUGUAAACACGUAGGGUUGCUGACAGCAGCACAAUGCCUCAGCUGUCUCAGUAUUGUAUUGUUGCAGGUAUUUACGAUGUGUAUGGUAAUGUAGGUCGUUCAGCAUUCACUUUGGAAAUGUAACAUUCCUUUGACUUAGUAAGUCUUGAAUAUUAUUAUUGUACAGCAUCACUGUAUAAAUGUACUGUAACUAUGAAUCAACUUGACAAUAAAUAUUUAUUGUAGAUAA